UGUCCAAGUCGCACACAGCAAAUAAAUCCAAGUUACAAGAAGAGAGUCUCUGAGUGAAUUCAAGGUUUGGAUGGCAUCGCUGACGAGCGAGCGAAGAGCGUUUGCUCACAAGAUUAACAGGACUGUAGCCGCAGAGGUGAGGAAGCAGGUAUCUAGAGAGUAUGGCUCUCCUCAGAUGUCCAAAAAACGACCUGGGGCCCAUCAGCCGGUGCCUCUUACGGAGGUUGUGGAGCCGGUUGACUAUGAGGACUACAUUUGUAGUCAUACCCCUGAGCCCGGGCCUCUCCGCCAGCUGCUGGAGUUCCCCAGCGAUGACCUGGAACUUAUCUUGCAGGAAAGAGAGUGCACAACUCUGGAGCCAGCACUGCCUGAGGAAGAUACGCUGGAUGGUAGAGUGCGGGAUGCUCUGGCCGUCUACACCGAUGACUGGCUCAUCAUCCAGAGAAGAUUCCAGCACUACAGCACCAUACAGACUCCUCACAACAGCGAGCGGCAGAGGGAACGACAGAGAGGCCUCGUCAAGCAGGCCUUUGAGCUGGACGAGGCUGCCACCUCUGACCGGCAGGAUGAGCAGGAUGAUCCUAAGAGGAGGUCUGUGUCCAUGGACGACACUCCCCGGGGCAGCUGGGCCUCCAGCGUCUUCGACUUGAAGAACUCAUCCCCCGACGCCCUGCUCCCCUGCCUACUUGAGCGCGCCACUGCUGAGGACGUGGACCACCGCAAUGCAGAGUGCCGCCAGCAGGGGCGCAAUCCUCACUUCCUCGCCCUUUACUCAGCACCAGAUGAGGAUGAGGCUGUGGAGAGGUGCUCUCUCCCUGAAGUGCCCAGGGAGCACACAGGCCAGAGAAUCAUGGUCAAGUGUCUCUCUCUCAAGUUCGAAAUAGAAAUUGAACCAAUAUUUGGGACUCUGGCCCUGUACGAUGUGAAAGAAAAGAAAAAGAUUUCUGAGAACUUCCACUUUGAUCUGAACUCUGACCAGAUGAAGAGUCUGCUCCGCCCACACAACCCCCACAUUGCUAUCUCCACCCUUGCCCGAUCUGCCAUCUUCUCCAUCACCUACCCCUCUCCCGACAUCUUCCUGGUCAUCAAGCUGGAGAAAGUCCUGCAGCAGGGAGACAUAGGAGAAUGCUGUGAGCCGUAUAUGGUCAUGAAGGAGUCGGACUCCACUAAACACAAAGAGAAGCUGGAGAAGCUGAGGCAGCAGGCAGAACAGGCUUGCGGGAGGCUGGGACUUUACCGCAUGCCCUUCGCCUGGACCGCCAUCCACCUGCUCAACAUUGUCAGCAGUAUGGGGGGCCUGGAGCGUUCUGACUCAGACUCAGACACAGAGCGCAAGGGGACAUGGAAUGAGAGGAAGAAGAAGGGCUUGGAACGGAUGAGUGUGGGAGACGACGUGUGCAACUUCACUAACUUCCGGCCGGCCACACUGACCGUCACGAACUUCUUUAAACAGGAGGGCGAUAGGCUGAGUGAUGAGGAUCUGUACAAGUUCCUGGCAGACAUGCGGAGGCCAUCCUCUGUGUUACGGCGUCUCAGGCCUGUAACAGCUCAGUUAAAGAUUGACAUCUCCCCUGCUGCUGAGGCUCCGUCCUACUGCCUGUCUCCUGAGCUGCUGCAUGUAAAGCCCUACCCUGACCUGCGAGUUCGGCCCACCAAGGAGGUGCUGGAGUUCCCCGCCCGCUAUGUGUACACUCCUCACACCACGUACAGGAACCUGUUGUACGUGUAUCCUCAGAGUCUGAACUUCAGCAGCAGACAGGGCUCCGUGCGUAACAUUGCUGUGAAGGUGCAGUUCAUGGAGGGAGAGGACCCCAGCCAGGCCAUGCCUGUCAUCUUUGGAAAAUCCAGCUGCUCAGAAUUCUAUAAAGAAGCAUACACCCCAGUCAUCUACCAUGACAAAUCCCCUGAGUUCUAUGAGGAAGUCAAGAUGAAGAUUCCUGCCAAUCUGACUGACAACCACCAUCUCCUUUUCACCUUUUACCACAUCAGCUGCCAGCCCAAGCAGAAUACACCCUUGGAGACACCAGUGGGCUACACUUGGGUCCCUCUGAUGCAGCAUGGACGCCUGCGCACGGGCUCCUUCAGCUUGCCUGUGUCUGUGGAGAAACCUCCACCCAGCUACUCCGUCCUUACCCCUGACGUGCAGCUGCCAGGAAUGAAGUGGGUGGAUAAUCACAAAAGUGUCUUUAAUGUGGAAGUGACUGCUGUCUCCUCUGUUCAUACUCAGGACCCUCACCUGGAUAAGUUCUUCACCCUGGUCCAUGUCCUGGAGGAGUAUUCAUUCCCUUUCCGGCUGAAGGACGUGAUCAUCACAGAGGCCAAUGUGGAGGCUGAGCUGAAGGCCAGCAUGGCUGCCCUGAAGGGGGCUCUGCUGGACACCUGUGUGUGCUUCCUACAUCAGCUGCUGAACAAGCUCAUCCUGCUCAUUGUCCACCCUCCUGUCAUCGCUGGCCAGAUCGUAAACCUGGGUCGUGCUGCCUUCGAGGCCAUGGCUCUGCUGGUCAAUCAGAUCCAUAAGAACCUGGAGGGCAGCCAGGACCAGCACGGCCGCAGCAGCCUCCUUACCUCCUAUGUCCACUACUGUUUCCAUCUGCCCACCACUGAGACUGUGUCGCCCCCUUCUGGCGGGCCUCCCUACGACCUUCCUAUCCACUACGCCACGUUGUCCCGGGCAACAGGCCGCCCCACCAGCCUCCACCUGUCCCGCUCCAAGAGCAUCAGCAACUCCAACCCUGACCUGGCCUCCACCCCCACCUCACCUGAUGAGGAGGUACAGAGGAUCAUCGGCAACAAGGGAAUAGACCGCUCUCAUUCCUGGGUAAACCCUGCUUACGCUCCUGGCGGCCCCAGAGCCGUGCUUCGCAGGAACCCCAACUCCAGCUGUGAUCUCAAACAGCAGGCCUCCGAGUGGGGCGCUAACCGCAUGUCGGCCUUCAUCGAGAGCUCCUCCUUCCUCUCACCGGCCUCCAGGCACGUUGCACACAAGUUGCUGCAUGAGGAGUUGGCUCUGCAGUGGGUGGUGAGCACUAGCACAGUGAGAGAGGCAGCCCUGCAACAGGCCUGGUUCUUCUUCCAGAUCAUGGAAAAGAGCAUGGCCCAUCAUCUUUUCCUUACCUCCCGGCUGGAUGUGCCCAGACGCCAGCGUUUCCCCGACCGCUUCGUGGAUGACAUUGCUGCCCUGGUGUGUGCCAUCAGCGCGGAUAUAGCCAGCAGAUACCACAAGGAUGUUGAGCUUGUGGAAAGAUUAAACAGCAGUCUGGCCUUCUUCGUCAAUGACCUGCUUUCUCUCAUGGACCGAGGGUUUGUGUUGAACCUCAUCCGAUCCUACUAUAAACAGAUCUCCAAUAAGCUGCACACAGCUCAGAACCCCAGUGCUCUGACAGCUCUGAGGAUGGACUUCUUACGCAUAGUGUGUAGCCAUGAGCACUACGUAACACUCAACCUGCCCUGUGCAUCACUGAGCCCUCCCACUUCACCCUCACCAUCCACCUCGUCCACCACAUCCCAGCAGAGCUCGGCAUUCUCAUGUGUGGUGCAGGACCAGGGCGUGGCCUGUAUGUUCGAGCUGUCCGUGCCCUUCCGUCAGCAGCACUUCCUGUCAGCCCUGAUGCUGUCCGAGCUUGCCCUAAUCCUGGAGCCCGAUGGGGAAGGUGUGUUCUUCCUGCAGAAGAAGGCCAUCAGUGCUGUGCAUGCCCUGCUGUGCAGCCACGACGUUGACCCUCGCUACACCGACCCCCAGGUGCGCGCCCACGUCGCCCAGCUCUACCUGCCGCUCAUCCCCAUCGUCAUGGAGACGCUGCCUCAGCUUCACGACUUCACCGAUAUCUCGGCUCAGCGCGGGCGGCACGCCACCGUGAUAGUCCCUGAUGAUGACCCAGACGGCAGCACCAUCAGCCCGUCUGUUGCCAUGGCGAUAGCCGGCUCGCCGCUGCCUUCUUCCAGAACUGGCCCCUUCCCUCUGCCUGCUGUGGCGGGUCGCAGCACUCUCUCUGCAGAGUGUAGCCGGACACUGUUGGCAUGCAUGCUCUGGGUGCUGAAGAACGCUGGCACUGCCCUGCUAGAACGUUGGCUCUCCGACCUCUCUGUGCUGCACAUCAACCGCCUGCUCGACCUGCUUCACCUUGCCAUCUCCUGUUUCGAGUACAAGGGGAGAAAGGCUCUGGAACGGAUCAACAGUCUGACCUUCAAGAAGUCUCAGGACAUGAAGGCCCGUCUGGAGGAGGCCAUCCUCGGGACCAUCGGGGCCCGGCAGGAGAUGGUCCGCCGUUGCCGCGAAAGGAGCCCUUAUGGCAGCCAAGAGAACGUUCGGUGGCGGAAAAAUGUGACUCACUGGAGACAGAAUGCAGACCGAGUGGACAAAACAAAAGCAGAGGUGGAGCAGGAAUCAGUGGUGGAUGGGAACUUGGCUACUGAAGCGUCUUUAAUAGUCCUGGACACUCUGGAAAUCAUCGUCAAAACGGUGGUGCUGUCAGAGCUUAAGGAGAGUGUGCUUGGUGGAGUGCUGAGAGUUCUCCUCCAUAGCAUGGCUGGGAACCAGAGUGCCCUCUUUCUGCAGCACUGCUUCACUACACAGAGAGCACUGGUCUACAAGUUUCCUGAGAUGCUGUUUGAGGAGGACACUGAGCUGUGCGCUGAUCUGUGUCUUCGGUUACUCCGUCACUGCAGUAGCAGUAUCAGCUCCGUACGCAGCCAUGCCAGCGCCUCCCUCUACUUGCUCAUGAGACAGAACUAUGAGAUCGGCAAUAACUUUGCCCGGGUGAAGAUGCAGGUGACUAUGUCCCUGUCAUCUCUGGUUGGCACCUCGCAGAACUUCAAUGAGGAACACCUGCGCCGGUCCCUCAAGACCAUCCUCACCUAUGCUGAAGAAGAUCUUGAACUCAGAGACUCACCCUUCCCUGAGCAGGUUCAGGACCUGGUUUUCAACCUACACAUGAUCCUGACUGACACGGUGAAGAUGAAGGAGCACCAGCAGGACCCUGAGAUGCUGCUGGACCUCAUGUACAGGAUUGCCAAGGGUUACCAGAACUCCCCAGACCUGCGGCUCACCUGGCUGCAGAACAUGGCUGGCAAGCACUCAGAGAGGGGCAAUCAUGCAGAGGCUGCCCACUGCCUGGUCCACAGUGCCGCACUGGUGGCCGAGUAUCUCAACAUGUUAGAGGACUGCCGCUACCUUCCCAUCGGCUGCGUCUCUUUCCAGAGUAUCUCAUCCAACGUGCUGGAGGAAUCGGCCGUGUCUGACGACAUCCUGUCCCCUGAGGAGGAGGGCAUCUGUGCGGGAAAGUACUUCAGCGAAGCUGGCCUGGUGGGAUUGUUGGAACAGGCGGCUGCCUCCUUCAACAUGGCUGCCAUGUAUGAAGUCAUAAAUGAGGUAUAUAAGAUUCUCUGCCCCAUCCAUGAGGCCAACAGAGACUUCAAGAAGCUGGCUUCUGUCCAUGGCAAGCUACAGGAUGCCUUCAACAAAAUCUACAACCAGAGUUCAGGAUGGGAGAGGAUGUUUGGGACUUACUUCCGUGUGGGUUUUUACGGCUGUCGCUUCGGAGACCUGGAUGAGCAGGAGUUUGUGUACAAAGAGCCGUCUAUCACCAAGCUAGCAGAGAUCUCUCACAGACUGGAGGAGUUCUAUUCAGAGCGCUUUGGUGAUGAAGUUGUUGUGAUCAUCAAGGACUCCAACCCUGUAGACAAGAGCAAACUGGACCCCAACAAGGCCUACCUGCAGAUCACAUACGUGGAGCCCUUCUUUGACACAUAUGAGCUGAAGGAACGCGUCACCUACUUUGACAAGAACUACAAUCUGCGUACGUUCAUGUACUGCACGCCAUUCACACUGGACGGCCGUGCCCAUGGUGACCUGCACGAACAAUACAAACGCAAGACCAUCCUCACCACGUCCCACGCAUUCCCCUACAUUAAGACCCGCAUCAACGUCAUUGAGAAGGAGGAGAUAAUCUUGGUUCCUAUUGAGGUGGCCAUCGAAGACAUGCAGAAGAAGACCCAGGAGCUGGCCUUUGCCACCCACCAGGACCCCGCCGACUCAAAGAUGCUUCAGAUGGUGCUGCAAGGUUGCGUGGGCACCACCGUCAACCAGGGUCCUCUGGAGGUGGCCCAGGUCUUCUUGUCUGAAAUUCCAGACGAUCCAAAACUCUUCCGGCAUCACAAUAAGCUGCGCCUUUGCUUUAAGGACUUCACCAAGAGAUGUGAGGAUGCUCUGCGGAGGAACAAAGCCCUGAUUGGGCCAGAUCAGAAGGAAUACCAUCGGGAGCUGGAGAGGAACUACUACAAGCUGAAGGAGGCUCUGGGUCCCCUCAUCAACCGCAAGAUCCCCCAGCUGUACAGGGCACUGCAGCCAGUGCCAACCACACCCACACACAGGAACUCCCUCAGCAGGUCCAGUUUUCGCAGGACUGACUGCUGAAGAUUGCUAGAGCCAGAAGCACGACACUGAUGGAGGAGAGGCCAGAUUCAAACCAUGGCUAUCUGGGCUCCACCUCCUGCACCUGGUGUGAACCAAUCCAGGCCUGCUCCCUCCCACCGCUCAGCCGUGCUCUCGCUCCACGCUAUUUGAGAAGUCGGAUGUGUGUCUGCAUCUGAGGUUAUCUGAGGGCUAAACCCACUGACAUGGGGGGGGGGGAGGGGUUUGAAACACAAACUCUGUUCACGAGGGCAUGAGGUAAUUUUAGGUUCAGGUCGACAUGGAAAUCUAAACAGUCCGCCGCACUUCCUCCUUUUGUUUGUGUGUGUGUGUGUGUGGGUGUGGGUG